CGUCACUUCAAUUGGCAUUUUCUUUUCUCAAGCCUGACAUGUUUAAUCCUCUUUUUGUGUUGCCCUGGAGAACACCACAUUACAGUUGGGUUGGAGCUGGGUGUGCAGCAGAGCAUAGCGCUAAACCAAUAAGGUGCAUGCUUUUGGGUGCCCCGCGGUGGACUUCCGCUGCCAGCCAUCCCAAACCAUUCUAAUCUUAUCGCAGAGAAAAAAAAAUAUCACAGCCAAGUCCCGUUGCAAGUCCCAUUGAACUCGAACAACCACCACCGAACACCAGCCUUCACCAUCACGAACAAUGGCAGCUCAGGUGGGCCCUCUCCCACAGCUCAAGCUGCCCGCGGGGCCGACGCCGGUCACAGCAGAGCAGCGCUACUGGAAGACGUUCAAGAACCAGCUCCUGAUCACGUCGCCGACCGCAUACCCCGUCGUCCACAUCUCGUCCAACAGCGACUCGUUUGCUGUCACGACGGGCACCCGCAUCCAGAUCUACUCGAACCGGACGCGCAAGCUGCUCAAGACCAUCACGCGCUUCGGCGAUGUUGCGCGCAGCGGAGAGAUCCGGAAGGACGGCCGCGUGCUGGUUGCUGGUGACGACUCCGGCAAGAUGCAGGUCUUUGACGUCAACUCGAGGGCGAUUCUCAAGACGUGGGCCACGCACAAGCAGCCGGUCUGGACGACCAAGUUCUCGCCGACCGAACUUACCACUCUCCUGAGCGCGAGCGAUGACAAGACGGUCCGCCUGUGGGAUCUCACCACCAAUGAUCCUACCUCGACUUUCGUUGGCCACGGCGAUUACGUCCGAUCCGCAAACUUCAUGCCUGGCACCAUGUCGAAUAUGAUUAUCUCGGGUAGCUACGAUUCCACGGUGAAGCUCUGGGAUCCUAGGACAGGAAGCAACAGCGCUGUCAUGACCUUCAAGCAUGCCGCGCCGGUUGAGGAUGUGCUGUCGAUGCCCUCGGGAACGACCGUCCUGGCCGCGGCCGAGAACUCUAUCAGCGUCCUCGACCUGGUUGCUGCCCGGCCUCUGCACAUGAUCACCAACCACCAAAAGACCGUUACCUCGCUGAGCCUUGCUUCCAAUGGCCGACGGCUCGUCAGUGGUGGCCUGGAAGGUCACGUAAAAGUUUUCGAGACAACUGGCUGGAACGUCGUUUCGAGCACCAAGUACCAAUCUCCUGUCCUGUCGGUCAAGGUCAUCCCCUCAAGCGAUGACCCCGAGUCCAGCGACCGUCACCUUGCCGUUGGUAUGCAGUCUGGUGUCCUCAGCCUCCGUACCCGCCUCACUGGCCUUGAAGCCAACCGAGAAGCCGAGCGCGAGAAGGAGAUGUCCGCGCUUGUGGCCGGAACCAUCGAGUCACACGAUGCCAAGAAGAAGAAGCGCAAGCGUCGCGUCACGGCCGCUAAGCGACUUGACAUGGUCGGCGAGGGAGCCGAUGUGGUCAUCGCGAAUGAACCUCGCACGUUUAAGAAGAAAGAACGGCCAUGGCAGAGCGACCUGCGUCAUGCCCGGUACGCGCGUGCGCUUGACCAGGUCCUCGACAAGUACUCGCCAGAGCACUCGCCGCUCAACGUUCUCACUCUUCUUCUCGCCCUCCGCCAUCGCAGCGCGUUGCGAGAUGCCCUGGAAUCACGGGACGAACACACAGUCCAGCCAAUCCUGAAAUGGGUCUGCAGCCACAUCUUCGACCCCAGGUACGUCAGUGUGUGCGUCGAGGUUGGCCUCCACCUGCUUGACCUGUACGCCGAGCUCGUCGGCGGGUCGGCGGAACUUCACGAAGGUUUCCGUACCCUGCACCGUAGAGUUAAGGUUGAGGUCGAACGAGCGCAGGUGGCGUGCCAGACCGGAGGCAUGCUCGAGAGCUUGAUGGUUGGGAUCCUCUAAGGAACGGCGGAUUCGGCGAAUUGUAUAUCCCGGGUGUUGGGUUGCUUUGCAUUGCGGUGGCGUUCAGGCGGAUUUCAAAAACAGGGAGUCUUUGGACGAGGACGAGGACAAGGACGUGGACGUGAUAUCAGGCUUGCAGAUGCAGCGGCAUCAAACACCAAGCUGUGUCGCAGGGUGGUGCAGUCGGUGAUCGGUCGGCACGGUAGCGUGGUAGAGGGGCUAUGGAAACCAAUAAAGCACACAAUUGUCCACAAUAUCAUGAUCCGUCUUGUGCGUCAUGGGCCGUUCCGACUGGCUGG